AUGGCAUCCUCCAGCGCUGUAGAAGAUGAGCAUCUCACAGAUUCGGAUUUAACUGAUGAUGAGGAGCGCAGUGUGGAACCGCGCCAGGAAGAACUGCGACCGGAGACUCCGAAACCAUCUUAUAGCGACGAGGAACUGCACCAACUGGUCGGCUAUAUACAAAGAAUGAGUGUUUUAAGUUGCUUGGAUCAUAGGGACUGGCACGAAGGAACUCUGGACAUUAUUCGCCGUUGGCUUUUGGAGGUCCAUGAACCCAUUCUAACCAUUUAUUACGACAAGGAUGCACUAUCAGCCUGUCUGGGAAUCCCCACAAUUUGUGUAUCGGAUCUGAGUUACUUUCGCCGGGAACCAAAUGAGAUUUUUAGUGUGGAGUGUUUUCACGAUGAGGUCAAUUUUGGCACCUUGACAAGCGAUGUGGAUGGUUGUCUUAUGGAGUUACUGGAUCGUUUGUAUGUCCCCUUCUUUCGGAAUUUUACCGAAUGGAAUGGCACGGUGCGGCAUCGUUUUUGCUCCAGUAUGGACAGAUUCCUGGCCUUUCUCACCGGGGUGCACCAUCAGAUCUCAGGGGUCGCUGUUUUGUAUGUACCCUAUGUCAUUAAGCAACUGGCGGAAGGGCCGGUUGAUCGGCAGCUGGUCAGAAGCCUCGAGGGUAUCGCUCUGUACUGGACCACACAGAUUCGAACUUUGCUGGGAGAUGAUGCCUUGACGGUUCCCCAUGAUCUGGUCACCGUUCGCGAUGAGUUUGAAUUUUGGGAAUAUCGCUACGAAGUUCUUCAAGGAAUCAAUGACCAAUUGGCUCAGUCGGAUGUGCAAAAAGUAUUGCUAGUUCUGCAUAACGCUCAUUCCGUGCAUAUUCCCCAAGUGGAUCAACUUAUAGAAAGGGCAAAGAAGGAGCUUAUUAAAUCCCUGUCUAACAUUAAGUAUCUUCAUCUGCUCAUUAAGCCCUGUUCUAAAAUAGAUGAGGUAACAAGCCCAUCGGAGUUGACUAAGCUUUUACCACGAAUUAUCCACCUUAUACGUUUCAUUUGGUUAAACUCCGAGUACUACAAUACCAAAAAACUUAUUGCAAAAUUAUUUACAAAUGUGAGCAAUCAGAUUAUAAGAUACUGCACAAAUCAAACUAAAGUUGAGGAGAUUCUCUCUGGAAAACCGCGUUUCGGAAUUAAAAUGUGCAACACGGCCAUCGAUUGUUGCCUGGCUUACAAGGGAAUCUAUGAUAAAAUAUCAAAAGAAUCAGCCCAGGAAAAUAACCAAUUACCUUGGGGUCUAGAAGAUGGUCUAAUCUUCAACCAUGUCGAUGCCUUUGUGGAGCGUCUGAACGAUGUGAUUGACAUAUGCGAAUCCAUGAUUGUGUUUGGUCGUUUGGAUGAAAAUGGAAGUAUACCUAAACCCGCUUUUGGCGGCGCUUGUGGUGAGGAACUGGAGAAGAUAUCCGAAAACGUGGAGCAGCAAUUUUCGGAUACCUUGAAGCAACUGCAGGGCAACUCACAGGCAUAUAUUUUGAAUGUACACCGAUCGGAUUGGUAUAAGGAUGUAGCCGAUUUCCGCCGCAGUAUGCAAAAACUGGAGGAGACCGUUCAGCGGCUGAUCUCCAAUGUGUUCCAACAGGUGUCCAAUGUGGAGGAGACAUUGGAGGCUCUGCAGGCUAUGUUAUUCUACUCCUACCGCCAGAGGGGAACUCUAAGAAAAACAUAUCUCAAGGAAGUCAGCAAAUUGUGGAGAAUAUUCUCCAGAGAAAUGGAUGCCACGUCAAGAAAACUGCUCGAGGAGCACAAGCAAGAGUCCUGGUUAUCCAAGCAUGUAUCCUUAGCUCUUAACUACCGCAUUAAUUUGGAGCGCUUGACUUGGAUUAGAGAUCGCUUGAAGAAUGCCCAGUGGUUGCCAACUGUUAAAGAAUCUGCUCCAGCUUUGGCUAAAUUUGAAUCGCUGCGUCACGAGUUCCAAAAGGAAAUCCGAUUGGCGUACGAGGAUUGGGUGGCCAAGUGCUGCGGAUUUUCUGCAGAUCUUAGCCAGCGUUUGGAUCGCUACCUAAUGGUUCGCAGUAGGAAAUUCAAAGGCCUUCUGGAAUGCAAUAUCGAUGCAUCUGUACUGGAGCUUUGCGAGCAGGCUCAGCACUUUGAAAGGAUGGGUUUUGCCAUUCCAAACACUCUGAAAAAACUUUACGAAAGAUAUGACAUCAUUAGAUCUCUGUAUAAUGGUGUAAUUCAAAUUGCCUUGAGUCAUAAUCGCAUUCUGAGCGUUUUAAGUGAACGAGAACGAAAGCUUUUUCGACCCUUGAUCCAAGUGUGUGAUCGCCAGCUGGCUCCUGGAAUAUUCAAGAUUACCUAUGGCUCCGAACUGAAUGAGGAAUUUUUCGAGGAUGGCAAGGAGUUCCUUGGAGAGUUUCAGGAGCUAGUUCUAAUAUUCAAGCGAUCAAAUCGUGGGAUAUCCCGGUGUUGUGAGAAGAUCUGCGACAUUUGUUUGCUGCAUUUCGCGUUCUCUGGCUCCGUGGAUAUAUCAGUUUUCCAGCAGCAGUUAUCCAGCAAACUUAAAUCAUCCGGAGAAAUUUUGAGAAGCUACUACAGCAACAUCGUGGAACUUUUGUCUGCUUUUAGUCGGCAGUUUCAGUCGGUGGAAGAUGAGAUGUCUACGGAGUGGAUAGCUUAUGUGAACGAUCUGGAUGACAUGCUGGCCAACUCUUUAAUGACCAGUGCCCGCGGCUCCCUGAACAAGCUUUAUGAAGCCCUACACUGCGAUGAGGACAUGGCCUCCGCUCCCAUUAUAGUUGUCGAAUCGGACGUGAAGGAUGGUCAAAUAGUCUUCUCCCCCGAAAUGGAUGCCAUUGAAAGUAUGAUAAACGGAAUCGUGGAUAGUAUUCGCAGCAUGUUGGAUCAGUUUCCGCGGCUGGGAUACAAACUUAAGCUGCCGAAGAAGCAGCAGCGUCAGGGAUUCGCCGGCGUUUUUAAAGAGGAUCAGGAGUGCUCGGAUCUAAUGAGAAGCAUUCAAGCGGAGAUUGCUAGGCAGCGGGAUGAGAUGGCCAAGUAUGAAUCUGUUUGGAACCAACAUCGUGUCCUUUGGGAGACCACCGAGGAGGGAUUCCGGCAGCGAUUGCUUUCCAGUUCGAGGACAGCUGGCGUUUUCGAGGGAGGCAUCGAACACUAUAGUUCACUGGCGGAUGAUGUGAUCUUUGAGGAUGCCAUCACAAAUGUGUACUUCAUACUGGUUAAUCAGAACGCCCUGAAGAGCACCAUCCUAGAUUGGAUUGAAAAGUGGCAGGCUCUCAACAUCAAAAUGCUGCUGGAUCAUGCCAGUAAUUUAAUCAGAGCCACCUACAAAUAUAUGCGACGUAAUGAGCGGAAUGUGAUGAAGGUUCCCCGAACAAUUCGCGAAACCGUGGCUGCUAAACAACUUUUUGAAAAACUUCUCAAGGAAGUUCCAGUGAAACAAUCCGCCUUUACACCAAUGUUGGAACUCUUUGUGCUUCUGCACAAAUAUCAGGUGCAAUUGACCGAUAAAACAUAUCAGCAGGUGAUGGGAUUGGAGACGGCUUGGCUUAAUUACCUUCAAGUUUUGGAAGAGGCGGAUGAAAUGUUGGACAACGAAGGCAACGAAACCAAAUUGGAGUUGGCAAAACAUGGUGAAAAGUUCAAGUUAAUACUAAAAGAAUUUCUUGAAGAUUUCUACUCCAAAUUACCCAAGAAAUAA